AUGGAUACCCAGUCGAUGACGAACGACACCUGGACACAACGGUUAGACCAGUUACUGGAUACCAUCCUUCCGACUCUCAAACACAACACCAAAAAGUAUACAGACCAACUUACAAAGACAUUUGACCGCCUGCGCGCUCAUGACUUGGUACAUUUCGACGAAGGUGAUGUAGUUAUGGUACGAUUGGAGGGCAGGACGACCAAGGCAAUGCGGCCACUGUUUGGGCCGUAUGUUGUGAAGGCUAUAUUCGGACAACGCUAUGAGUUUGCGAAUAAAGACGGAUACGCCCCUCUAAAAUACAAUGACAAACCGGUACGGGUGGAACUCCUCCG